CAAUUUUAGAAUGCCCCCCAAGAAAUGAACUGCUUUCCAGGGACAUUUUUAUAUGAGAUCUUAAAGAAGAGGAGGUGUUCAAUAAUUUUCCAAUAGUGAUAAGAAGAUAUUCAAUUAAAUUAGGAGUUUUCCUUCAAUUUUGAAGUUUUUCCAGGAAUGGAUGAAAAUACAGGAGAAUCAGAAGGAGCUGAAACUAUCACUGAUAUACAGAACUAUUUAGCCUCAUUUAAUAAAGAAAUCCAAGAUGGAGGAACAACAGGGGCAUCUGCUCAGACUUCUCAGUUGGAUACCACUGCAGAUGAUCCUGCAACUGGGCAAGGCACAGAAACUACAUUUUUUGUGGCAACACCUGGGACAUCUGGAGGAGAAGGAUUUCAGUAUGAACAAGGCGAGGCUUCAUUUGGAACUACUUAUUAUGCCUCUUCAGAUGGUACUUAUUAUACUACAGCUACUGGUGAUCCGAACCAGCAUGGCACAAUAACUGCCUAUGCAACACAAGCAGAUGGUACGACAGUUUUGCCAGUUGCUGGUCAAAGAACUGCCUUCCGAACUGUCACAGCAGAAGACCAUGCGGGCCUUCAGCAAAUAGUUCUUGCUGUUAGUGAAGCUAGUUCAGGAACUGGUGCUGGAGGAGGAAGGCCUGAAAUAGUUGCUAUUCCUGCAUCCUUGGCAUCUCAAGCGAUAGGUACUGCAACCCAAGUUGGAGAGCAACCAACAUUUGUUGCAAUGCAGGCGAGUACAUCUCAAGACUCCCAGAUGGAAGAUGGUCAAAGUGGUCAAAGUCAGGGUCAGCUUGCUACUUUGGUUACAACUGAAGAUAAUUCCCAGACUGAUUCCAAAGCUGGAAUUCCUCAAGUUCAUACAAUACGUAUGGUUUUGCGGCAGCCUGAUGGCUCUGAGACUGAACAAAAUGUUCCAGUAUCUUCAUCACGGGUUCCAACUUUGCUUACAAAUGAUGGGCAGGAGGUUCAGCUAAGUGAUGAAAAUCAGCUUCAGAUGAUUUCAACCAUAGUAGAACAAGCAGCUUCAGGUGGACUUACUGAUGGCAACAAUCCAGUCAUUUUGAAUGUCGGUAAUGCAUACCAAACUGUCACAGUUGUUCCUACUAAUGGCAAUUCUGGAGAAGUCAGUUAUAUGUUCAUUGUUGCUCAGUCAGAUGAUGAUAAAGAUCCAACAAAGGAAAUGGAUCUGGAUAUGUCAGUUUAUGACUUCAAUGAAGGAGAAAAACAUGGUGAAAUUGUUGCUGAAGAAGUGGCAGCUGAUGGUACUAAAACAAGGACUAUAAGAAUUACUCAGAAGAAAAGUCAAAUAGUCACACAAGCUCAUAUGUGUAAUUAUUGUAAUUAUACAAGUCCAAAGCGAUAUUUAUUGUCACGUCAUAUGAAGUCCCAUUCAGAAGAACGGCCUCAUAAGUGUGGAGUGUGUGAGAGAGGUUUUAAAACUCUUGCUUCCUUACAGAACCAUGUUAAUACACAUACAGGAACACGACCUCAUUGCUGUCGGGACUGUGAUGCAUCUUUCACAACAUCAGGAGAAUUAGUGCGACAUGUGCGUUAUAGACAUACACAUGAGAAGCCUCAUCGGUGCACAGAAUGUGAUUAUGCUAGUGUAGAACUAAGUAAAUUGAAAAGACAUAUGCGUUGUCAUACUGGGGAGCGUCCUUACCAGUGUCCUCAUUGCACUUAUGCAAGUCCUGACAUGUAUAAACUUAAGCGCCAUUUGCGAAUCCAUACAGGUGAAAAACCAUAUGAAUGUGAUAUUUGCCAAGCUCGCUUCACUCAGUCCAACAGCCUUAAGGCUCACAAGCUCAUCCAUUCAGGAAACAAACCUUCUUUUCACUGUGAUUAUUGUCCUACUACAUGUGGCCGUAAAACAGACCUCCGUAUUCAUAUGCAGAAACUACAUACCAGUGACAAACCUCUGAAGUGCAAACGCUGCGGAAAAACAUUUCCUGACAGAUAUUCCUAUAAGUUGCAUUCAAAAACUCACGAAGGCGAAAAAUGUUUCAAGUGUGAUUUGUGUCCAUAUGCUUCAAUUUCCCAACGUCACCUUGAAUCUCAUAUGCUAAUUCAUACAGACCAGAAACCAUUUCGUUGUGAUGUGUGUGAUCAAGCAUUUCGACAAAAGCAGCUUUUACGGAGGCAUAAGAAUCUCUAUCAUGAUCCAAAUUAUGUGGCUCCACCUCCAAAGGAAAAGACUAAUGAAUGUUCAGAGUGUGGAAAAGCUUUUCGUCACAAAGGCAAUCUAAUACGUCAUCUUGCUAUACAUGACCCAGAAGCAAGUGUUGCUGAAAAAGAAGAAGCAUUACGAAUUGGAGAACCAAAGGGACCUGGUGAGCAACCUGAUGGAGAAGAAGAAGAAUAUUAUGUUGAAGAAGAGGAGGAGGAGGAAGAUGUAGAUUCUCCAAACUUUCCUGGAACUGUAACCAUAGCUGAGCAAGGAACUGUACAGGAAACUGAAGAUGGUCAUCAGGUGGUUGUGUUUGAAGUCAUUCAGCUACAUCCUCCACAACCAGAGCCAGAAACUUGUGCGACUGAUCAAAUGUCUACGAACAAUAAUGGUGAAGUUGUGUCAUUAACAACAUUGCAAGAUGUGUCUGAAGAGGACUGCUUUGCUAGUGCAGUUGCGGAAGCUAUAGGUGAAGCAGAACCAUCAUCAGCUGCUUCUCCAGCACCUCCUACACCACGCCGUAGAGGAAGACCAAGAAAAAAUCCACAGGCAGAACUUCUUAAGCAUAUAAAAGUCGAAGACAUAAAUCCAAAGGAUGAAAACAGCAAAGAUGGCACCCCAAUUAUUAUGCGCCAAAAUCGAAAGCGUAAAACAACAGAGAUGGAAACAACAACUGAAAUAAGCAGUGAAGUAAAUAAAAGAGGAAGGCCUGUGCGGACAUGCCGUAUGCGUAAAGAAGAUUCCCAUAUUGUCUCUGAGGCAACAUGUGCAAAUAAUGAAGAAGCAGAAGACUCUACGGAUCCAGGUGCUGAUAUGGAAGAACUGGCCCGGAGAGAAGCUGAGUUACAGAGAAGGAGACUUGAACAGAAAGAAAAAGACAUGGCUGAAUGUUUUGGAUUUAAUGAUGAUGAAGAAGAAACUGAAACCAUCCUAGCGAUGCCAGCUGUGCCUGGAUCUCAGCCCCUUGUGGUGAUGGAAGAUGGUACUUUACUUAGUAACCUUCCCAAUCACAAUGGAGCUUUAGCGGAAACAACAUAACAUCUGUGACUUUCUGUGUUUCAUGAAUGUCCUAAGCACAAUCUGCUGUCUGUAGUUGCAGGCAUCAUUAUGCUGUGAGCUACAUCUGUCACUUUGCUGGCCUAUUAAAUUCACAGGUGGGAGAUUUCCAGGCAUUAAUUGCUUGUCUUCUCUUUUAUGAAUUGUUCUUUGUAAGCAUUUUGCCUGCAAAUUGGCAGAGAACUUGUGUAAAUGUAUUUGUGAGAAGCAGCAUUCUCUACAGUUCAUGUUGUUGAAAUGCUGCACUUACAAGGAUGCAAUUUGUGUGUCUACUUUUAUAUUUAGAAACUCUUAUAAUUAUUUUGAUAAUUAGGACCUAUCUGAAGAUGAAUAUUGAUUCCUGAUCACAAAGUUUUUUUUAACUUAAAAAUUUUUAAUCUUUUGACUGAGAUUAUUUUAAUUAGAAGCACAUAUUUUCAUUUGAGCACUCUAAAAGAAUUUAAAUUAUUUAUAUGCACUAAAGGUAAGAAAAUUAGUGGUGUAUAUAGCUCAAUUACAGCAGAAAUCAACUUCUUGGAAACAUAUUUUCAUUACUAUAUACCUUUCACGAAUACCUGUAUUUAUAAACAACAUAUAAAUUGUGGUUGGAAUGACUAUGAAGUUAACAUAAAAUGUUAAAACACAUUACAUUCAAUAAUUUAAAUAUGUGACUAUUGAUGACAAUUAGUGGAGAGUAAAUUUAUCAGAAAGUGAAAGACAAGCUAAACUAGAAAAUCUUUGUUUUACAUUUUCAGUUUUUUUUUUUUUUUUUUUUUUUUUUUUUUUAGGAGAGGUAUUUCUCUCAAGAAAAAUAUGUCAGGGUAUUUCUUGAUAUCUUCUUGAAUGCUAGCAAUAAGUCUAAUUUGCAAAUUGUAUAUAUGAUUGUUAACAUUGCAGUCAUAUUCACAGUCCAUGUAUUAUUAAUAUUAAAUUGCAUAUAAUAAUUUAUAGUUGUAAUAUUGAAGGAUCAUUAUAUAAAGCCAUCUGUGAGAAACACCAUAAAUAAGACUUUGUAGUUGAAGAAAUCAGAAUGGUAAUUUACAUUUUUUAAUCAGUAAUUUAUAAUCAAAUAGAAUAGAGAAUAACUGGUAAUCUGUGCAACAGUUUUCAUAUAAAAAUAAAAUUAUAAAUGAAGCAGGUAAUGCAAAUAUGUAUUACGUGCAAAAGUAAUAUUUAUGUAAUUAUAAUCAUAUUUGUCUAAUAUUAUAAGAAAAUAUAUAUUUCACUAUUUUUAUGUAGUACAAAAUGAAAACCAUCAUCUCAUAAAUUGUACUUUUGCCAAAACAAUAAUACACCUUUUAGCAGUAUUGACAUUAGCAGGUAUAUAAUAAAACAACAGAACUAUAUCAAAAAUGAAAAAAAAAUAAGAAAUAAUGCUAAAAUAUGGAGUAUAUUAUUUUGGGGAUGGUAUGUUUACAAACAUAUCUGAUUAUUUAUCUUUAUUGUUUGUUUUUUACCUGUGUUAAAGUUACCUUUUUAAUUGAUGACUGUUUGCUUUUGGAAUAACAUUGAAGAGGAGAUGUUAUGUUGUGUUCAUUCUUCCAAAUUAAAUGAUAUUUAAGGAUUAUAAAAUUAGAUUAAGGAAACAAUUUCCUUAUAUGUAUAUACAAAAUUCUUGCGACUACUGUUUUAUUUAAUUUUUGCAUGUGUAACAAAUUACACGUUUUUAACGUUUUCAAAUUGCUUAUCAGGUUAAGCCUACACAAUAUUAAUGUAUUAUUCUGUAUAUAGUACUGUAAACUUCUAAAAAAAAAAGAAAGAAAGAAAGAAAGAAAUUGUAUGCUUAAAAUAGCAGUAGUCUUAUUUAAUAUUUUUAUUUCUUAAUGGAAUGAGGAAUUUUCGUAUGUAAAUAAGAAAUUGCAUUAUUCAGAUAUAAAUAGUUAUUUCAUGCUUUUUGAUAAUUAUAAACAUAUAAAUUUUGUGAUAAACUGCAUGAUAUUCAAGUGUGCAUAACCUUUUCAAAAUAAAGUGUUUGCAUACAAUUGGAAAACUGUAUUUAUUUCAUAUAAUGGUUAUAUUUCUGACAAUUUAUGUGAACUUAGUGACUAUAAAUUGCUCUUUAUCUCUUAUUUGGUAUUGCCAAUAGAAUACAUUCAAAUGUUUGCAUUAGAUAAAAUGUAUAAUUUAUUUCUUAUAAAUACCACUGUUUCAUUAAAUACAAAUAUUUAAUUUAAACUUUUGAAUAAGUUUUAAGUUACUGUUUUAAGUAACUGUUGUUUUAUUAUUAUAUAAAUAUUGAAUUAAAGUGAAAACAUGUACUAAUGCGAGUUUUACAAUUUUACUACUUUUUCUAUUAAAAAAGCAGUAGUUUAAGCUUACUAUGUAAUAAUCUAAUUAUCAGUGAUAUAAGCAAUAUAAAUUGAAAAACUGGUGUAUUUUUUAUAAAUUUUUUUUUAAAAAAAAAAAAGGAUUAUUUUUUUUAAUUUUCAUAAUUGAAAUCUAACUGUAUUGUAACAUUCCACCCAUUAGGACCUAGGCACUAUAAUUUUUAACACUAUUUUAGAUUUGUACUUGUGUUUAUACUUAAAAAUAAUAGAUGAAAACUAUUUAUUUAUUGAUCUCCCCUCAAAGUGAUGUGAUUGCAGCAGAUGAUGUCUUUUUCUAAUAUAUGGGGUAUCCUGUGGUAUAUUUAAUUUAUGUAGUUCAUCAUCUAUUGAUGUUCCCACAGACUAUCCAGACGCAAAUGUGUCUUCCCUUCUGUUUUCUGAAGGGCCACAUUUCAAUUUGAUGUAGCCAGUGAUUUGUGCAUGUAAAUUGAAUAAUAAAAUAUCUUUUCACAUUAUGAAUUUA